CUCCUUUUUUGCUUCUUUAAAAUAAAAAGAACUGUCAAAAACUGUUCGUUAAUUCUUUACGGGAGCAAUACCCUAUCCGCAUCUGUCACAAUGUUAUUUGGCUUUCCAAACAUCAAAAGUGCCGGCCGGAAACGCACAUGAUACAUCAAUGAUUCGAGUUCCCCAAAUAUAAAUCCAAAAAACCUAAUACCCACUUUGCUCCCUUCGUUUUCAUUUUUCCCUCCACACUCAUUUCCCACUCUUUGAAAUUGAGAACACAUUAUGUUCCUUUAAUUUCAGUGCUCCAUUUGAAUCUCAGAUAAACCCAGAGUACAAUAUCUCUCAAACCCACCCAAAAGCAGGGAGAGAAAAAGAAAGGUUUUGCUGCAAUGGAUUCAACUCUGAAUUCGGAACGCCGGCCAUUUUCAAUUAAACUAUGGCCUCCAAGCCAAAAUACAAGGCAAGUGCUCGUGGACCGGAUGAUAAACAAUCUUAGCACUAAAUCCCUUUUCACUGAGAAGUAUGCCUUGCUCAGUAGGGAAGAGGCUGAGCAAAAUGCAAAACGAAUUGAGGAUGUGGCUUUUGCCACUGCAGACCAGAACUAUGAAAAGGAACCAGAUGGAGAUGGAAGUUCUGCAGUGCAGCUUUAUGCCCGGGAAUGUAGUAAGCUCCUGAUGGAAGUUCUUAAAAAAAAACCUAGAAGCAAGGAGGACAGCAAAGUGACAUCCGACACUACACCCACUCAAACUCUGUUUGAUAUAUCUAAAGGUAUCCGAGACUUUAUUGAGGCCGAGGAAGCUGAGAAACUUUUGAAGCCAUUGACGGAGCCAGGGAAUACUUACUCCAAAAUAUGUUUCAGCAAUAGAAGCUUUGGCCAAGGAGCAGCCCAUGUUGUUGAGCCCAUAUUGGUUUCCCUUAAGAAUCAGUUGAAAGAAGUUGACCUAUCAGAUUUUAUAGCAGGGAGACCAGAGGCAGAAGCUCUUGAAGUCAUGAAUAUCUUUGCAGCUGCCUUGGAAGGUAGUGCGUUGGAGUCUCUGGAUCUCUCUAACAAUGCCUUGGGUGAGAAAGGUGUUAGGGCUUUUGGGGCACUCCUCAAAUCACAAAGAUGCUUGGAGGAACUCUAUUUGAUAAAUGAUGGCAUUUCAGAAGAAGCUGCUCGAGCGGUUUGUGAGUUGAUUCCUUCCACAGAGAAGCUUAGAGUCCUCCAUUUUCAUAAUAAUAUGACGGGAGAUGAAGGGGCAAUUGCUAUUUCUGAGGUUGUGAAGCGUUCUCCCUUAUUGGAGGAUUUCCGUUGCUCCUCCACUAGGGUAGGCUCUGAGGGAGGAAUUGCCUUAUCUGAAGCACUUGAGACUUGUACCCAUCUAAAGAAGCUGGAUUUGCGGGACAACAUGUUUGGGGUAGAAGGUGGAAUUGCAUUGAGCAAAGCUCUCUCCAAGCAUGAAAGUUUGAAAGAGGUUUACCUUGGCUACCUGAACUUAGAAGAUGAGGGUGCAGUUGCAAUUGCUAAUGCUCUCAAGGAAUCAGCUCCUUCACUUGAAGUCUUUGACAUUGCUGGAAAUGAGAUAAAAGCUAAAUCUGUUCCUGCUAUUGCAGCUUGUAUAGCAACGAAGACACUUCUCACUAAGCUGAAUUUGGGUGAGAAUGAACUCAAGGAUGAAGGUACUAUUCAGAUCAGCAAAGUGUUAGAGGGUCUUCCCCAGUUGAAGGAAGUUGAUAUGAACACCAACUUAAUCAGAAGAGCUGGGGCUCGGGUGUUGGCGCAAGCUCUGGUUCAGAAGCCUGGUUUUAAGUUGCUGAACAUCAACGGAAAUUUCAUCUCUGAUGAGGGCAUAGAUGAGGUGAAGGAUGCAUUCAAGAAAUCUCCUGAUAUACUUGGGUCUUUGGAUGAGAAUGAUCCUGAAGGAGAAGAUGAUGAUGGUGAUGAUGACAAAGAAUCUGAAAAGGGUGAAGGCAAUGAGGAUGAAUUGGAAUCAAAACUGAAGAACCUUGAAGUUGGCCAAGAAGAAUAGAGUUCCUCUUAUGCUUAGUUGUCUUUUCCUUUUCUAGUUAAGGUUCCACAGAGUUAUUACCCUCUUUAACAUCAAUGACUGUAAGGCAUAUUUGGAGGUUUUAGGAUGACCAUUCUGUUGAAUCUUAUUAUGCACCAGUUGGGCACAACUGUUUUGUGGAGCAGUGUGAAGACACUGACAGGUGUUAGUAGAAUUGGGUUUAAUUGGAUCUUUUAUUGUCCUAUUUUUAGUCA